AUGUCGCAAAACGCCGCUGCAACGACUGAGCCGGCCGGCGGCAUCCCCGUCACCGUUGACGCCGCUAUCGCGGAUAAGAGAGGGGCGUUUGCCUGGUUCUCGAAUGCGGGAAUAGUCAAGCUGAACUGUGUCAUCGCGCUGUCGUUGGUAUCAAGCUACGCAACUGGCUACGAUGGCUCGAUGAUGAAUGGUCUCCAGUCUCUGGACACAUGGCAGGAAUCAUUCAAUAAUCCUGGAGCUCGGCAAUUGGGACUCCUGAAUGCGAUCCAGAACGUGGGCCAGCUUCUCGCACUCCCUUUCUGUGCCUGGUUCUGUGACCACUUCGGACGCAAACCUGCCCUCCUCGUCAGUGCCUCCAUCCUCCUGGUCGGUGUUGCCCUCCAAGGCGCGGCCCAGAAUGUCGCCAUGUUCAUUGUCGCCCGUGGCGUUCUGGGCUUCGGCCUCGCGCUCAACAUCACAGCCGCGCCCCUGAUGAUCAUGGAGCUGGCGUAUCCGUCCCAGAGGGCACCACUGGUGUCCAUCUACAACUCGCUCUGGGGACUGGGAGCCCUCAGCGCGGCGUGGAUUACCUUCGGCACGUUUCGGAUCGGGAAUACGUGGGCCUGGAGGAUCCCCUCUAUCUUGCAGGGACUUUCCAGCAUCGUGCAGCUCGGCUUGUGCUUCUUCAUCGACGAAUCACCUAGAUGGCUCAUAUCAAAGGAGAGGGAUGCAGAGGCUGAGAAGUUAUUGGUGAAGUACCACGCCAACGGCGAUGUGUCGGAUCUCAUUGUGCCUUUGGAGAUGGAGGAGAUUAGGACAGCUCUGAGGCUGGAGGCGGAAGCAUCAAGGACUACGUCGUACAUGGCCUUUUUCCAGACGCCAGGCAACCGGCGUCGCUUCUUCAUCAUUCUUGCUGUCGGCUUCUUCUCACAGUGGAGUGGCAACGGUCUGAUCAGCUACUACCUGACCUUGAUCCUCAACUCGAUCGGAUACACCUCACAGGACACCCAGACGUUGAUAAACGCACUUAUCACUCUCUGGGGAUUAUUCUGGGGUCUCCUCGCCUCCGUCCUUGUCAACCGCUUCCGCCGCCGAACCAUGUUUCUCGCUUCGACUAUUGGCUCCCUCGUAUGCUACGUCAUUUGGACAGCCCUGCAAGCAACUUACGAGAAGCAAACAGACCUUACUGGUGCGGGAUCCCCAGGCCUUGCAAAGGGCGUUCUGGCCAUGAUUUUCUUGUACAAUGUCACGUUCACUGUGGGAUGGGGCGCACUCCAGGUCACCUACGUCGUGGAGAUUCUGCCCUUCAACCUCCGUGCCAAGGGCUUGGUUCUGUACAACUUGUUCGUGGCCCUGGCGUUGAUUUUCAACCAGUACGCCAAUCCAAUUGGUGUGACGAACUCAAAGUGGAAAUACUACAUCACGUACGAUGUGUGGCUGGCCUUUGAGGCUGUGGUGGUAUAUUUCCUGUUUGUUGAAACCGGAAAGAUGAGUUUGGAGGAGACUGCAGUCAUUCUUGAUGGCAACGAGGAUAGAUUGACGGAGGAGGUGGCUCGGAAGACGGAGAAGCUUGCGCUAGGAACACAUGAACAUGUUUUAGAUCACCACGAGUGA